UGCAGAGCACCGUCCCUCCUUCCCUCGGUCUGCCCUGUGAGAGGAGUACCGGGAUCGAGGCCCAGACCAUGUCCCAGCUGGUGGAAUGUGUUCCCAACUUCUCCGAGGGGAACAAGCAGGAGGUGAUUGACGCCAUCUCCCGAGCCGUGGCGCAGACCCCGGGCUGUGUGCUGCUAGAUGUGGACGCGGGCCCCUCCACCAACCGUACCGUCUACACCUUUGUAGGGCAACCCAAGGACGUGGUGGAGGGGGCCCUCAAUGCUGCGCGGGCUGCCUUCCGGCUCAUCGACAUGAGCCAGCACAAAGGGGAGCACCCUCGGAUGGGAGCCCUGGACGUGUGCCCCUUCAUCCCGGUGAGGGGCGUCACCAUGGACGAGUGUGUGCUCUGUGCCCAGGCCUUUGGCCAGCGACUGGCGGAGGAACUGGGUGUGCCGGUGUACCUCUACGGGGAGGCGGCGCAGACAGCCGGUCGUCGGGCCCUGCCAGCCAUCCGGGCCGGGGAGUAUGAGGCCCUCCCUGAGAAGCUCAAGCAGGCCGAGUGGGUGCCUGACUUCGGUCCCAGCUCCUUCGUCCCCAGCUGGGGAGCCACUGUCACAGGGGCACGGAAGUUCCUCAUUGCGUUCAACAUCAACCUGCUCAGCACCAAGGAGCAGGCCCACCGCAUCGCCCUCAACCUCCGGGAGCAAGGGCGCGGGAAGGACAAGCCAGGACGCCUGAAGAAGGUUCAGGGCAUUGGCUGGUACUUGGAUGAGAAGAACCUGGCCCAAGUGUCCACAAACCUCCUGGACUUUGAGGUCACAGCACUGCAUACGGUCUAUGAGGAGACCUGCAGAGAGGCCCAGGAGCUGAGCCUUCCGGUGGUGGGCUCACAGCUGGUGGGCUUGGUGCCUCUGAAGGCCCUUCUGGAUGCCGCUGCCUUCUACUGCAAGAAGGAGAAUCUCUUCAUCCUGGAGGAGGAGCACCGCAUCAGGCUGGUGGUGAACCGGCUGGGCCUGGACUCUCUAUCCCCUUUCAACCCUAAGGAGAGGAUCAUCGAGUACCUGGUCCCCAACAGUGGGCCUGAGCAGAGCCUGGUGAGCAAGUCUCUGUGUGCCUUCGUCCGUGAGGUGGGCGCCCGCUCCGCGGCCCCGGGGGGUGGCUCAGUGGCAGCGGCCAGUGCAGCCAUGGGUGCCGCGCUGGCCUCCAUGGCCGGCCUGAUGACCUAUGGGCGGCGCCAGUUUGAACACCUGGAUGCCACCAUGCGGCUCCUGAUCCCGCCCUUCCACGCGGCCUCUGCUGAGCUGACCGCGCUGGUGGAUGCAGACGCCCGGGCCUUCCAGGCCUACCUGGAGGCAACGAAGCUGCCCAAGGACACACCUGAGGACAGGGACAGGCAUGCGGCUGCCCUGCAGGAGGGGCUGAGGCAGGCGGUGGCCGUGCCCCUGGCGCUAGCAGAGAAGGUGGCCUCGCUGUGGCCCGCGCUGCAGGAGCUGGCACAGUGUGGAAACCUGGCCUGCCGGUCCGACCUGCAGGUGGCGGCCAAAGCCCUGGAGACAGGCGUGUUUGGGGCAUAUUUCAACGUGCUCAUCAACCUGAAGGAUGUCACCGACAGCGCAUUUAAGGAGCAGACCCGCCAGCACAUCUCCAGCCUCCUGCAGGAAGCCAAGACCCAGGCAGCGCUGGUGCUGGACCGCUUGGAGGCCCGGCAGGAGUGAGGACGCCGGAGACCUCGUGGGCUCUGCACCCCUCGGUGCCCCUCCCCCUUCCCAGAAGGGUCCAGCCUCGCCCGACAGCAUAGGACAGCCUCCAGUCACCACCCCUGUGGGGCCCGGGGCGGGCUGGGCAGGGCCAGGGCUCUGUUUGGGGUGGCAGAACCACCUCCCGCCAUCUCUUGUGGCUUCUAGUAAAGUCACGGCAUAACAAUA